UGUUUAUGUAUAUAAAAUGACAAUUAAAUUAAAUGACAUUGUAAAUCAUUACAUAUUUGCAAGUCAUCCACGAAAUCGAGCCAUUGUAGAUAUUAAAGAGAAAGAAAGUGGACAACUCCAGUAUAUAAAAAUCAGACAUCGUCUAUCCAAUUUUUAUGCCAUUAGUUUAGUUGAUCCUAUCAGCUUUGAAGUCUGGGCCGAAACUCAAGCAAAGAAUGCAGGAUCCAAGAUAAAGCCCAUCGUUCUUCAUCUGGAUAAUAAUCAAGAUAUAUCUGUAGAGUUUCGCGAUGCUUCUGUUUCUCGUUUUGGGUUCGAAUGGAUUUUUUCAUGGGAAGGUGAAAGAUAUAAAUGGUAUUUUAUAUAAGUUUGAUAUGUAAAUUUAUUUAAAAAAAAAAAAUAAACUUUUUAGGGUACGUGAAAGUAGAAUGAGUAACUCUUUAGAGUGUAAAGCUAUACGAAAGACAGGUGAUAUUUGUGUUGCACAGUAUCUACCAUGUAUAUUAAAAGAUGAAUAUUUCGGUAUUGUUUCUUUAUUGAGAUAUAAUAUGCUUCGAUGCAAAUUGACAAAGACAAGAGAGUUGGAACUUGUGUUAUUCAUGUCAUUAUUAACUAUCCUUGACAAAUCAAAUGAUGGAAGUUGGAAGAGAGAUCCAAUCAGUAAAGGAGGAGGAGUAGUAAUAGCGCAUGAUGAUACUCUCGAUAAAGAAAAGAAAUGCAUCUACUACGAGGAUCCAAUUCCAAAAAAGGAACAACAAAAGAAAUACAAAAAGGAACUUUCAAAUGAAAUGAAAUUACAAACUAUGUUUGAGAAGGAAGUUCGACGUUCUCAAAAGCAAAUUCAAUCUGAUCAAAAGAGACAGCAUAAGAAGGCAUUGAGUGCUGAUAACAGCCCAUCACAGACACCCAAGACAUCCCCUUUGCCAACACCUUCGAGUUCAAAUCGUUCUCUCCUAUUUCAAAAGUCAGCAUUAACCUUGGAAGCAUCUUCAUCUUCAUCUUCCAUGUCUCCUAUCACCCCUACCCAUAAUAUAGGAAGACUUUCAAAAUUAUUUAAUAGUCUUUCAACUAUGAAAUCUCACGAACAAGGAAAUAAGAUGUCAUCACAGCUAUAUGAGGAAAAUAAUUCAAAUUCUUACAAUGGUUAUGACCAUCAACUUAGCUUACCCCUCAUUAAUAGUAGUAACAACACUAUUGUAUCAAUGAAAUAUUUAUCCGAUAGAUUGAAUAAGAUACCAAUUCAGAAUAAUAAUAAUCCUCCUAGUUUAACAAGUAUUCAUUGGAAUUUAGAGCAGCAACCUGCUAAUGAUGAUAAAGGAGCAAUAUCUGCUUCUGGGUCCAAUCAUCCUGAGUAUUCUUCUAUGCCUAUUUAUUAUUACCAAGGUCAUAAUAACAAGGAUAAGCGUUCGAAGGAACAUCCUUAAUUUUACUAUUCACUUUACAUUUGCAUACAUUAUCUAUUUAUUCAUAUAAAUAUAUCCUUUUUUUUUAAAAAAAAA